GCAGAGUGGAGUUUAAAAAAGAAGUAGUACGUUUUAUUUUCUCGAAAAAUCUAUAACAGGAGUUAAUAUUUAUCAGCAAGUAAAACUCAUAGCAGACUUGUUUUGGUCAGUAACAACAAAACACAACAGUAUGAAUUGUGGUCAAGAAGUCAGUAAUGAAGCUGAUAUUGCAGUGAAAUUGUGUGUUAGUGAUGAAAAAAGAACAGAGAACAAUGAAAAGAGAAGCUCUGUAAGUUGUAUGUAUCAUGAUGAUGGGAUGAAGCACCUUGUAGAUCUAGUUGAUCAAUCAAACCAAGAGGAACAUAAGGAUGGUGAACAGUUAAAAUCUACCUAUCCAGUGAGUACGGAUGUUAAAUCUCUGGCAGUGGUCAAGUACACAUCAGUUGAAGCACCAUACGGUUUCCUCCGGUUGAGCAGCAACACUAACUUAAAUCAACCUCCAGCUAACUGGCUUAGAGCCAGUACCAAAUUGCAUGGUAAUCAAUGGACAUUUCCCAAAACAACACAUUCUACUAUCUUUUCAAGCUUUCAAAUGGCUAACAACUUUACAGACUGUGUUUCAGAGGUUGAUGUGAUCUCAGAUGCUGAGAAUAUUAAGAAGCUCUUAAAGAUUCCAUACAGCAAAUCUCCUAUCAGUAUGAUGGUUCAUCGUGUGGGUAAAACAAUUCUUUUAGAUGACUUUGACAUUCACAGUCACCUACUCAGGGCAUCCCAGAAGCAAUGGGAAUGGUUAAGAAAAUUUUACUAUGAGCACAUCCUUCAGUCUCUGCAAGAAAAGGAAAAGGCAAUGAUGAGAAAAAACAAAAGCCGAUGUAACCUUCAAAAUAAAAACAUGUUUUCAAAAUUUUUAUAUUACAGUGUAACAGACCAUACACCAGGUCAGCCUAAGAAUACAACAAUUGAUUCUUCAAAUGAUCAAAAAUCUGAGGAGGAAAAUCAUGAAGAUCAUCAUCGACCUUUACAACCAUUCAGUCAAUAUGCCUUAUCUCUGCCUGAUCCUGUAGUAGAGACACAAGAAGAAGUACUGAAAGAGAGUCAUGAAUUUUUAAGAAAUGUCUUGUGGAAUUUCGAGGAUAUUCGCAUGCUGAUUGGAACAGAUAUGCCUAUCUUUGGUGGAGGAACACAUCCAGCUGUGAGUUUAAGGCUAAGAGACACGAAGAAACCUAUCAAUGUACUCACUGGACUGGAUUAUUGGCUUGACAACUUGAUGUGCAAUGUCCCAGAAGUAGUUAUGUGCUAUCACCUAGAUGGUAUUGUUCAGAAAUACGAAUUAUUGAAAACUGAAGAAAUCCCUCAGCUCGAAAACUCCCAAUUCUCUCCAAAAGUUGUCAAAGAUAUUGCACAAAAUAUUCUGUCAUUUCUAAAAUCAAAUGCUACCAAAAGUGGACACACAUAUUGGUUGUUUAAGGGAAAGAAUGAUGAUGUAGUUAAGCUUUAUGAUUUGACGACUCUUUGUGAUGAUUUGAUGGAUGAUCCAUCACAAAAUCCUUUCAAACUUCCUGUGGCAAUGCUACUUUACAAAGUAGCUCGUAACAUGAAGGAGUCUGCUGAUGAUAGACAUAAGGAAGGAACCAUUUGUAAGCUGCUUAAAAACUGUUUGACACUUCUUGAUGGAGAAAAACAACCACAGGUGGUAACAUCUGUCCACUACUUGCUGUCUGAUGUAUAUAUAUCCAGUGAUCUUGAUCCAAGCACAAUUGUUGAACAAUAUUCUUCAGAAGGAAGUGAGAAUUCUCAUGUUCAAGAGGAAGACUCAGAUGAAGAUCGACCAACCAGUCCAUCUGUAGAGGUUAAAACUCUCUGCUAUCCCCACCAUUAUCGACAAUUUGAAUUCCAAAAUAAUAAAAAUGUGCCACAUAUUGUGAAAAACUGGGACGAGCGAUGUCAUCUUUCUCUGACUCAUGUUAUUGAAGGACUUAAUUGUGUUUAUAAAGCAUUUCAGAAUUCAGCCUCUACUAGAAAUGAAAUGGAUGAUGUCACUCCCAGAGAUAAAGGUAUGCCUGGAAUAUCUGAAGAAAAGAUAACAAUGGCUAAUCCAUACAGCCCAAUUCCUCUCCACUAUUCUCCAUUGAAGGGAACUUUAGAGCUUGUUACUCAAGAAAAGAACAAAAACAAAUCUUCUGAUUUAGAUGGGUCACAGCAUUCUCAAUCUGAUGUAGACAAUCUGAGAUCUACAAAAAAUAAUGAAAUAACACCUCUGUCUUCCAACAGCUUACUUGACUGGAAGGCAUGUAAUAAAGUCAUGUUAUAUCAGAAGGCUGCUCAAGUUUACUGUGCCUUAGCUGAAGCUUCAAAUAGAGCACAGAAGUUUGGCCAAGCCUUGAAAGAAGUUAAGCUUGGAAUUCUUUGUUGUGAACGAGCACAGCAGCUGGUGGAGAGUUAUGGUAAAGAUUGUCCCCAAGAGCCCCUAGCUUAUCACCUUGGUUUGGCUGGUGACAUACAUUUGAUGCUACCUCAGGGCUCAGCUUUGGAAGCUCAUCAAGAAGACUUUCUCAAUUUAGGAACCUUGGAUAAGCUGGUUUUAAAUUUUCUGGAGAAAGAUAAAAUUGGUCAGCUAGGAGAGUAUGCUUGGGCCUAUGGGUGGUCCCUUGAUAAAGAGAGCAAUCUUAACCUGAGUGUACAGUGUUACCAAAUCUCCCUAAAUAUGUGGUCUGGUGGACGUAGAGCUGGAUAUGAAAGGCUAACAAAACGACUUGGAAACAUAUGCAAUGAGUUAGGUGUAUUUCAUAUGAAUCAAGCAAUUCAACAGUGGGAAGAAACUGGUGAUACUUCUGAAAAUGUUACAGAACUUUUCAAUAAAAGUUUCAAGUUUUUGCAGCAAGGCAUAACAGCUUUUGAAUCUGUUAGUGAUAUUCAAAACAUUGCUUUACUGAACUCAAACACUGGCCGUUUGAUGAGACUUAAUGCCCACGUACAGGCUCCUUAUGACAGUGGUGGUGGACGUAAAGAGGUUUCUCAACAAGAGCAGUAUUACCAUAAAAUGGCAAUAAAAUACUACAAGAAAUCUUUAGAUGUUUUAAGAUCUCGGGACCAGUAUCAACAGGUUUGGGAUACAGUCUGCUGGGAACUAUCAACUGCUUACUUUUCUUUUGCAUGUCUUCUUCAAGAUUAUGCACCUUUAUCUCUCCAAGCUCAAGAAAAAGUGGAAGAAGAAGUUGUAAGUCUUAUGAUGAUGUGCUUAAAGUUGUGCGAAACUAGCAACACCCCACCAGCCCAGCAGCCUCUAUACCAGUAUAGGGUUGCAUCUAUAAACCACAGAUUAGCGUCUCUCUAUCACAAUUCGUAUAGAAAUCAUAGUACAGAAGACCUCAGGAGGAAGCAGCUGAGAUUGUUUGCUGAUUCAUACUAUUCAAAAUCUCUUGAUGGAUUUCAAGAUUUGGAAAACUUUACCGAAUUCUUACGAGUUACAUUAGAGAGAGUUGGACUGUGGGAACACCAUCUACAAAAUCUGACUGGAUUUAGUUCUCGGUUAAAAACAUUGCACCAGAUUCUAGAUUACAUGUUGUCUGCCCAACCAGUUAUUAAGGAGUUAUGCAAUGAACAAAAAACCUGUAAACUUUUAAAAUCAAUGGAAAAAGGCCCAGAUGGUGGAGGAGAUGGAAAUGAGACAGUCACACAAGAAGAGGAAGUAUUGGAGACACAAAAACUUCUAACUCUGCUAGAUCAGAGAUUAAGACUGGUGAUGCAGUCAAUGGUGAAACUUUAUUCUUCAAAAGGGUCAAAAUUCCGAGACUCUCUGAAGAAGUGGUCUCGAUUGCAAACUGUUUUUACACAGCAAGCUAAGAGCAUGAGUUUACAGGACUAUUUGUUGUUUGUAAUGGACAAGUUGCAAGACACCAAAGAAUGGUAACAGUGAUUUGAUAGAUUCUGUGUGUCUCUGAAGAAGUGGACUUGAUUGAAAUUUUUGCUAUAGGGUAAACAAAAAGAAUAAGUUUACAGGACUAGUCAUUGUUUGUGAUGGACAAGUUACAAGAUACCAAACACUGACUAAGUGAAAGAUUAUGGCAGUCUCUCUGUGAAAUGAUGUACAGUGUCAAGACAUUAUUUUUUAUGUUCUAGAAAUGUGUUAUUUGUAAAAAUCUCUAGUGUAAAAAAGUAGUUUCAAAACUGCUAUUCCAAGAAAUAAAAUACUGUUAACAUUAUGAUUUUAACUUAGCUAUUUUGUAAAUUUGUAGU